AUAAAUUACUUUCCUGACUUCUAAAUUCAUGUAAUGAUAUAGCUUUUCAAGAUAUUGUUAUUUGAAAUGAUCAAAUGAAAACUAUAACAAAAGGAGCGAGCAGUUUGCCCUGUCUAGAUCUCUGUCAAACUAACACUGAUGGUGUGCGUCUGGUAAACGAUUACAGCUCAGACUGGACUUUAGUUUAUGACAGUGAUAUUGAUGUCGUGUCCAGGCAGUGUGAUCAGAGUUUCUCCUCCCUCAGACACAGAGACAGAACGCAAGCGAGAGAUGUCUGCUCCUGUAACACUUCACAAGAUACAUUUUACUUGCUGAAGAAGAGAGAGAGAGUUAUUACAGCCAUCAUGUCACGAUAUCACAAAGCAGCCAUUGAUGGCUAUUUGGAUCUACUGAAAGAAGCCACAAGAAAAGACCUGAACACCCCGGAUGAGGACGGCAUGACACCCACUCUCUGGGCCGCUUACCACGGACACAUUGAAGCUCUUCAGCUGAUAUGUAGCAGAGGGGGGGAUCCAAACAAAAGUGACAUCUGGGGGAACACGCCUUUGCAUCAUGCCUCUGCAAAUGGUCACAUGCAGAUCGUCAGCUUCUUGGUGAACUUUGGAGCCAACCUCUUCGCUCUGGACAAUGAUUUCCACACUCCCAUGGACGUGGCUGCCUCUCGAGACCAUAUGGACUGCGUCCGCUUCCUGGACACUGCUGCCGCCCAACAGACAGGCCAGAACGCCAAAAGGGUGGCACGUCUGAAAGAUCAGGCCACUAAAGAUGCAGAGCGCAGAGUGAAGCAGUGCGAACGGGUCAAGAAGAGACAUCAGAGUAAGAUGGACAAGAUGUCCCGUGGCGGCUUGGUCUCAGAGGGAGGAUCCUUGUCUGGCACGGGUACCUUGAGCAGUGUGAAUGGCGAUCAGUUCUCCAAAAUCAUUGCUGCAGACACCAAUGGAUCUGUCUCUUCGACAAUCAAGGGAACCCUCCAGCGCAAAUUUGGGAAGAAGGACAAAGGGACAGUGAGUAGACAAGGAGACGGCAAUGUCAUUUUUGUCAAACAAGACAGCGGCUCGCAAGAGAAACCUGGUUUUGUCGAUGUCUUCAAUGAGCAGGAUGAAAUUCAGGAUGAUGAUGACGAUGCCGAGCGAGGUUCGGACGAUGAGGGAGCCAGUCAGGUGAAGUCUAUUUUUGAAAGGCCUGGUCUCGGGAAAAUGGUGUUCCGCAGGAACUUCUCCAUGGAAAUGGCCAUGGACCCUGAAGACCUCCCCAGCGGUAAUACAGAAGACCUAGGGUUCCUCAUCCGUCAAGAGUUGUUUGAAACUGUGGAGGAAGGACUGGAGGGUUUGGACGAGGACUCAGAACUGCCUUGGAAUGAAGAGGAGAUCGGUCUGGAUGAGGAAGAGGAGACCUCACACUUGGAUUCGUUCUUGGCGUCGAUCGGCCUGUUGGACUUUGGUCCUGUGUUCACCCGUGAACACUUGGAUCUUGAAGCCCUGAUGCUCUGCUCAGAUGAUGAUCUCAAAGGCAUCCGCAUCCAGCUGGGGCCACGCAAGAAGAUCCUGGAAGCGUCAGCUCGCAGGAAAACUGCACUGGAGCAUCCUGGCGUUAUGAAGGACACCUUCCUUUAAUAACGUGUUGCACUCAGUCAUGCUGUACACAAACAUUUACAGUUUCUCUCAGCUGACACUCCUUUACUAUCAUGUAGUUGUUGUUUCAUAGCUGACUUUGUGAUUUCAUUGAUUUUAAAAUUAAUACACCAGUUAAAAUGUCCUUCAUGUAGUACAAUAAGUUUAAAUGCACAAACAAACAUUUGACUUCAGCUAAUUUUUUUAAGAAUCAACCCUUUUUUCAAAGAAUGUUGAUUUCUGCUGCUUUUUCAUCUUUUAAAUAAAAGUAACUUAUACAUCUCUAAAUAAAUGUCACUUUAUCUAUCUAUCUAUCUAUCUAUCUAUCUAUCUAUCUAUCUAUCUAAUAAGGUGUAAUGGUUCAUGUAUUCGCCCCGAACAUCACAGUACCAAUGUCACAGUUCGGUUAAUGCAGCCAGACGACGAAUACAGUCAGUCACAGGCGAUCCACACUCCAAUCCAGAAGGAGGCACACAUGGUUAUACAAUGCUGCUUGCUAACUGCCACAACAGGAAAAAUAGCAGAAGAAGAAGAACAGACCGUCUAUGCAUAGAUAUGUUUACGUGUAAUCUCUCAAUCAGCGUUUCAACCACAGAAAGACAUCAAGAACAAUACAAAUGGGGUUGCCAGGUUUUUACCACAAAAUCCACUAAUUUGCUUCUCAAAACUAGUGCAAAACUAGCCCAGUUGAGUUCUGUGGGAUAUUCUGGUAAAAAUCGUGCUCCUUGGGUUAAAUAUCACAUUAGUGUGGUCGCUUCAACCCACGUAGUUGCAAAACGACCCAUGGCAACAGUAACCUAAUUCUGUGGGAAAAUUGCAGACUUGGCAACACAGUGCGCUGUCAUACGGAAGUAAACACAGAGGGCAUUAAAGUAAGUGAUUAUGCAUUUAUUUGUAGUUUGAUCUGCCUUGGAAGCCAGUGAAAUUAUGCGCAGGCAAUAUGAAAAAUAAAGACAAUGAUGUGACAAGAGUGAGCAGAGUUUUAAAACUUUUAUGAUAUGAGCCCUCAAGUUUUGCUUGUAUUAUAGCUCAGGAGUUCUGACACAUCACUGUCCUUCUACUGACUACCUUUCGCCACUGUCUUGAUAACAUCGUUGGGUAUGUAAAAUAUUGACUCCCAUGAGCGCAGAAUUGCUAGAAAUCUUGAGUGACAUCAGAUUUGAUGUGGUUUGUAGGACUACUGUUCACACUGUCAUGGGGAAAACAGAUGUGACACAAAUAUGUGGGCAAAGAAUUCAGAUUUGAGCCACAUUUACCUGCAGUGUGAACUAUGCAUGUUAGUUCACUGGAGAAAUUAACUCUAGCCGGGAGCAUUUCAAUAUAUGAACUAUAUUAGCUUAUACACUGCUCGGCCAAAAAAAUAAAGUUGCUGUUUGGAAUUCAAAUGACAGAUACUUAAGAAUCUAUGAAUAGAUCUUUAUUACAGUAAUUAUUAUGUUUCUAACAUGUUAUAUAUUUGGCAAGGGUUCUUUUAACCCUAACUGAUGGAGUGUGUGGCUUUUCAUUUCUUAAACAACCAUGUAGGAAGACACAUCAUGGCCAUUCCAGGAUGACAAAGCCAAGAUUAAUCAGGGUUAAAACUGUACAAAAUAAAUAAAUAAAUAAAUAAAUAAAAAGUUCAGAGACCAUGAAAAAUCAUUUUUACACAUGAAUUGGCUCCUCUGAGUUAAGACUGAAAGUCUUUGAAAUGUACUGGUGGAGACUUUACAGAGUGCUCACCUCUUGCAUUGUCAAUACAAGAUCUUGACCAAAAAUUGAUGCACCUCUUGAUGGAAAUAACAUCACAUUUA